AUGGCAUGUUGCGCCUGUGGCGGAGGCGUCACAGCUCCCAGUACGUGCGCCGAGGGGUACGGAAACACGCCGUACACGUGGGCGAGCAGUGACGGGACAGCUUGCUCUUGGUAUCAGCAAAACGCAGCGUGCACUUCGUCCGGAGGCUACGGAUCCGGCUGGAACCACGCGGCGUGGGGCACGUUUCAGACUUGGGCGGUCAAUGGGGUCGACGCUUCGAUGGCAUGCUGCGCUUGCGGCGGGGGCAUAGCGACGACCUACACGCACACCGACUGCUCAUACUCCUCGUACGCGUGCAAUUGGGAUUCCACAUAUCCCCAAGGAUACCUAGGAUGCCCAGGUACCAGUCCUUGGAGCGACCGUUGCCAUCAGAGCACCCUUGCGGCCGCCCAGGAAAUCUGCGCCGCGAACGAGAACUGCGUGGGCAUCACGCAGGACAGCGCUGGGUACGAGCCCAGGUCGGGCCCUUCCGUGCAGUACCACGUCGCGGCGCGUCAGAUGUGGACCAAGAUUGUCGGCACGCCCUCCCCGACGCCGAACCCGACGCCCUACCCGACGCCCUACCCGACACCCUAUCCGACACCAUACCCGACACCCUCCCCGACGAACAUGCCGGCGCCCAGCAGCAUGGAUUGCACAAUCAGAGUCGAUGAUUACGUUCGGACGGUAUAUUACAACAAUGUCGACAUCACACAUACCGUUGUAGGUGACAUGAACUUGUGGAACGCAGCAAAGAUAUUCUCGGUCAGCCUUGUAGCUGGAGCAACUCUCGCAGUCUACGGGGAGGAUCAAAACAGUAAUUUUGCCUAUGGAGGUGGUUUCUGGGCUGAUUGUGGCGCCGCGAUACCUGCCUAUACCUUAUCAAGCAAUUGGGAGUCCUACUGCACAACGAGUGCGCCAGAUUCUGAACACCAACGGGGCAGCGGUAGUGGAUGGUCAGCUCCAUUCUUUAACUCUGGGAGGCAUUGGUCACCUGGGACGCUUGGUGAUGCGGGCAAGCAGCACUGCGUUUUCCGUGCAGUGCCGCAGGUGCCCGUGUGGCAGGCAGACAAUGCGUAUUACACAGCCAACGGCCCAAAGGUAACAAGGACGAAUGUGAAUUCAUGGUUUUGGAGGACCAUCGCGUUUGGGCCAUGGAUAUUGUCAGGCAGUUACACGGCAGAGUUUGAAUAUGCCGCCUCCUCCAGCGGUUGUGGACAAGCACCCGGCUGCAGCGUAGCAUUCGGUGUCAUUUUCCAAGGCUACGAUCUGGGGCAGGGAGGGUGCGGUCACAGCAGCGUUAACGGCUACAAUUGCCAAUCUGGACAAGGUCUCGAACUUCUAGGCAACAAGUGGGGUCAAGGUAUUUGGCAGGGUUGUUCGAACGAUGGCAUUCAAGUUGGUGAUGUGAUCCGUGUCCACAUCGACAUGCCUCUUGCAACAAUGACCGUUGCUGUCAACGGCGUAAGCUGCCCGCCGUUCCAGUCACUUCCAAGUCAAGUUCGACUUGCGGUAUCUACGGAGAGGGAUGGUGACAUCGUCGAUGUUUUGCUGGCCAGGUCGACUUCGGAAACUGUCCCGACGCCUAGCCCGACUCCCAGCCCGACGCCUCUCCCAACACCCUACCCGACGCCUUUGCCGACGCCCCACCCGACGACGCCCUACCCAACACCCUACCCGACGCCCCACCCAACACCCUACCCGACGCCUUACCCGACACCCUACCCGACGCCCUACCCGACGCCCUACCCAACGCCUUACCCGACACCCUACCCGACGCCGUUCCCGACCACGGACAGCCCAACGGCCAGCCCCACGGCCAGCCCCACUGCCACCCCACGGCCAGCCCCACGGCCAGCCCGACUGCCAGCCCCACGGCCAGCCCCACGGCCAGUCCCACGGCCAGCCCGACGGCCACCCCACGGCCAGCCCCACGGCCAGCCCGACUCCCAGUCCGACGGUUUGUGCGACGGUCCAGGGCGCUUUCGCUGUUACGGCGCCCGACCCCGAAGUGUUAGUAGAACAUUGUGCCAACAACACAGACGUUCGGGGCGCUCUGGAAACGUCAAUUGCGAGCUAUUUGAAUAG